GAGUCAAAGUUCUUCUCAAAGUGAUUAAAAUCUUUUCUUUUACUAGAAUUGGAAUUAACGUAUCUCAAGAUACUGACUACCGCCAUUGUUUUCUAGCACUAAGAUACAGCAGGUGUUUCAAUCUAUAAAUUGUGUUGGGUGUGCGGCUUUUUCCGUUCGGUGCAUGAAAGAUUUGCCGUAAUUGGCGACGAGACAGUUUGAUAUCAAUCCAACGACACAAUGUUUCCCAGUAGAGUUCUUCUUUCACGGUCGGUCUGGAAAGGCCCCAAUAUCGUUCCUCUUCCCAUUGUCAAACCAGUGCCUGGUGUUCGAACAUUGCCAAUUAGAACACAAGCAAGAUCUGCAACUAUUCUACCCAAUUUCGUCGGUUUGACCUUUGAAAUUCAUAAUGGGAAGGUUUAUAAUGAGGUGACCAUUACUGAAGAUAUGGUGGGACAUAAGUUGGGAGAAUUCUCGGCAACCAGAAAAAGAUUUACGUAUAAGCAGAGCAAGAACAAGUAAAUGCGGGAUGUUUAGCAUCGUAUGGCAUGGCA